GGCUCACUGUUCAGCAAUUCUUUGGUACAUGUUGCUUUGCCUUUUGGAGGUUGAUACCGUACGGUAGCAUUGUUGGAAACAAGAACACCAGGAAACCAUGGCGGAUAGCAGCAACACUGAUGAUCAGCCGUAUGCUCUGUUCCAGCAAGAGCAUCAGGGUGUCAUUCAACCCAAACGUCGCAAUCCCAAGACAUUGGAGUCUCAACGAUCUUGGUUGGAAAAGAAUUCUCCUGCCUUUGAGAUUCCUCAGGCGCUCCAGAGCCAUGACAGCGAAAACAAAUGCAUGGGGGGAGUCCUCAAUGACUACAAGAAGCGUUGGCCGCACUGGUUGACAUCGGACUGGAUGGAUGGGUUGACUUGGAAGACCAAAUCGGCGUCGCUCUUCAUGUUUUGUGCCACGGUCACAUCGACCGUGGCCUUGGGCGAUGUGGCGGCGCGAGAAACAAAUGGCCGUGUCGGCAUUACCGAGUACCUGAUGCUCCAAGGUGUGGCGGGGGUUGGUCAUUCCCUCUUUGCGGCUUGUCCUCUUGCCAUUCUGCGACCUACUGGACCCAUUACGGCUUUCAUGACGGAUCUCUACGCGUUGGCAGAGCGCAUGGACUCGAUCAACUAUUAUUCUCUCUUAUCCUGGGUGGGAUUCUUUGUCGGUUUUUAUCUCAUUCUCAUUGCCGCUUUUGGAUGGUCCAAGUACAUUGUGCUUUGUACACGGUUUCUGCAUGAUAUCUAUGCCGUCUUUGUCUGUACCAUUUACAUUAGUGAUGGAAUCAUUGGUGUUGUGGAACGCUUCGACAAUGUUGAGUGGGCAUCAGCCUUCUUUGCUUUUUAUCUCGCACUCUUCUGUAUCAUCUUUUCACUUGGUUUCUACUACGUGGAUCGGUCCACCAUUCUCAAUCAAAGGUGGCGUCAUACUAUUGCAGAUUAUGCCGUCCCAUUGGCAGUGGUGCUUUGUGUUACCAUUAGCUAUUCUGUCAAGGACCAUGUCGAAGUAGACCGCAUCUCCAUGCCACGAAACUUUGAACCAACCUAUCAAGAUGAGUACACUGGCGAACGGCGGAGUUGGUAUCAGGGACUGGCAGCCGACGAUGGGUCGUCCCUGUGGGUGACAAUGCUGGUAUCCCUGAUUGCAGCCAUCCCCAUUGUCGCCCUCUUUUACAUUGAUCAUCUCUUUUCCUGUAUCUUGGGGCAAAAGCCCGAGCUGGGGUUGCAAAAGGGCGAAUACUACCAUUCCUCCAUGUUUAUCACCGGAGUUUGCAACCUGAUUCUACCCAUGUUUGGAUUGCCCUUUGUCACGGCGUCUCUCCCGCACUCGCCACAAUUCACCAAAGCUCUCACAGACUACGACAAGUCCGAAACACCGUGGAAAGUUAUCAAAGUCCAUGAAUCACGUGUGGCGCCCAUGGUGGUGUACAUGCUGUGCUUUGGCGGCCUCCUGGUGCCUGCAGUCCUCGAAAAGUGCCCCUUGGGAGUAGUGAAUGGCAUUCUGACCUUUGUUGGUCUUCAGGGCAUACUUCCCGGGACGGGAAACCAACUCAUUGAUCGGUGCGUUCUGUUGCUGACUGCGCCGUCCGAGUUUGUAACACGGGACAAGAAUCAAAAUGGCUACAUGGAGCUGCCAUGGAAACGUAUCCAUCUCUACACCGCCGUGCAACUUGCAUGCUUGGCGGCUUGUUGGGGUUGGCGUUUUACGGGUCCCCUGGCGAUUGCCUUUCCGCUUGUGGUGGUGGCCUUUGUGCCUCUUCGGUUGGUGGUAUUGCCCAAGAUCUUUUCCGAGGAAGAGCUAAGGCUUCUGGACUCGGAAGGGGAUCAAUCCGCAUCGGUUUUGCGGCCCGAAAGCAAGGAACAAGAAUUGGUCUAGCUAACCAUGCGAUCGGGCAGAAGAUUGAUGUAUUCAUGUUUUGACCCUUAUCCAUUGGAUGUCAUGCCAAGCCAAUCUUGGUUUGUCUCCGGACGUUUGGUCUUGGGCUACGUUGGCUGCGACGAAGUUACUCUCUGCCCCUUGCAACCUAGUCUGAUGGCACUGUGUCGUGUGUUAUGUGGCAACAACCGGCACGGUCAGCGAGCAGGUCAUGUCUUCUGAGAUAGAAGCCACUACAACUUGCUUAGUCUGCGUGCACAAUGAACCCACAGUUUAGUCCUCCUUGUAUUGGGUCAUGCUGCAUGCACUCAAGUAGAUGCGAUCAAAGCACUAAAACAACUAUAGAAUUUAUGUCCUACAAUGGUCUAG